AUGGCUGAGCCUGAGCACAGCCAUCAUCCCUCUGCCAGAGGCAAGGGAAGAACUGAGAGGUGCACACCCCAGCUUCUGCGGCUGCUGCUCUGGGCUGGGACCGCCUUCCAGGUGACCCAGGGAACAGGACCGGAGCUUCACGCUUGCAAGGAGUCUGAGUACCACUAUGAGUACACCGCGUGUGACAGCACUGGUUCCAGGUGGAGGGUCGCCGUGCCGCACACCCCGGGCCUGUGCACCAGCCUCCCUGACCCCGUCAAGGGCACCGAGUGCUCCUUCUCUUGUAAUGCCGGGGAGUUUCUGGACAUGAAGGACCAGUCGUGUAAGCCGUGCGCUGAGGGCCGCUACUCCCUCGGCACAGGCAUCCGGUUCGAUGAGUGGGAUGAACUGCCCCAUGGCUUCACCAGCCUCUCAGCCAACAUGGAGAUGGAUGACAGUGCCACGGAGUACACCGAGAACUGCACUUCGUCCAAGUGGGUCCCCCGAGGCAACUACAUCACCUCCAACACGGAUGAAUGCACAGCCACGCUGAUGUACGCCGUCAGCCUGAAGCAGUCCGGCACUGUUAGCUUCGAAUACUACUACCCAGACUCUACCAUCAUCUUUGAGUUUUUCGUUCAGAAUGACCAGUGCCAGCCCAAUGCUGAUGACUCAAGGUGGAUGAAAACCACAGAGAAAGGAUGGGAAUUACACAGUGUCGAGCUAAAUCGAGGCAACAAUGUCCUCUAUUGGAGAACCACAGCCUUCUCGGUGUGGUCCAAAGUUUCUAAGCCUGUGCUGGUGAGAAACAUCGCCAUAACAGGGGUGGCCUACACGUCAGAAUGCUUCCCCUGCAAACCCGGCACCUAUGCAGCCAAGCAGGGCUCCUCUUCCUGUGAACUUUGCCCAGCCAACACUUACUCAAAUAAAGGAGAAACUUCUUGCCACCAGUGUGACCCUGACAAAUACUCAGAAAAAGGAUCUUCCUCUUGCAAAGUGCGCCCAGCCUGCACAGACAAAGAUUAUUUCUACACACACACGGCCUGUGAUGCCAACGGAGAGACGCAGCUCAUGUACAAAUGGGCCAAGCCGAAAAUCUGUGGUGAGGACCUCAAGGGGGCAGUGAAGCUGCCUGCCUCUGGCACGAAGACUCGCUGCCCACCCUGCAAUCCAGGCUUCUUCAAAACCAACAGCAGCACCUGUGAGCCCUGCCCUUACGGCUCUUACUCCAACGGCUCCGAUUGUACCCACUGCCCAGCUGGGACUGAACCUAUCUUGGGAUUUGAGUACAAAUGGUGGAACACGCUGCCCACAAACAUGGAAACGACAGUUCUCAGUGGGAUCAACUUUGAGUACAAGAGCAUGACAGGCUGGGAGGUGGCUGGUGACCACAUCUACACAGCUGUUGGAGACUCAGACAAUGACUUCAUGAUUCUCACUCUAGCUGUGCCAGGAUUUAGACCUCCACAGUCAGUGAUAGCAGACACAGAGAAUAAAGAGGUGGCCAGGAUCACAUUUGUCUUUGAGACCAUCUGUUCUGUGAACUGUGAGCUCUACUUCAUGGUGGGCGUGAAUUCUAGGGCCAAUACUCCCGUGGAGACGUGGAAAGGUUCGAAAGGCAAACAGUCCUAUACCUACACCAUUGAGGAGAAUGCUACCAUGAGUUUCACCUGGGCCUUCCAGAGGACCACUUUUCAUGAGGCAGGCAGAAAGUACACCAACGAUGUUGCCAAGAUCUACUCCAUCAAUAUCACCAAUGUCAUGGAUGGGGUGGCCUCCUACUGCCAUCCUUGUGCCCUAGAAGCCUCUGACACGGGCUCCUCCUGCACCUCUUGUCCUGCUGGUUACUACAUUGACCGAGAUUCAGGAAUCUGCCACUCCUGUCCCCCGAACACAAUCCUGAAAGCCCACCAGCCUUAUGGCGUCCAGGCCUGCAUGCCCUGUGGUCCAGGAACCAAGAGCAAUAAGAUCCACUCUCUAUGCUACAACGACUGCACCUUCUCACACAUCACUCCGGCAAGGACUUUUGACUACAACUUCUCAGCUUUGGCAAACACUGUCACUCUGGCAGGAGGGCCAAGCUUCACUUCCAAAGGGCUGAGAUAUUUCCAUCACUUUACCUUCAGUCUGUGUGGAAACCAGGGUAAGAAAAUGUCCACAUGCACCGACAAUGUCACUGACCUCCGGAUUCCUGAGGGUGAGUCAGGUUUCUCCAAAUCCAUCACAGCCUACAUCUGCCAGGCAGUCAUCAUUCCCUCAGAGGUGACAGGCUACAAGGCUGGGGUGUCCUCACAGCCCGUCAGCCUUGCCGAUCGACUUAUUGGGGUGACAACAGAUAUGACUCUGGAUGGAAUCAUCUCCCCAGCUGAACUUUUCCACCCGGAGUCCUUGGGAAUACCGGACGUGAUCUUCUUUUAUAGGUCCAAUGAUGUGACCCAGUCUUGCAGUUCUGGGAGAUCAACCACCAUUCGCAUCAGAUGCAAUCCACUCAAAACUGUUCCUGGAAGUAUACUGAUGCCACACACGUGCUCCGAUGGCACCUGUGAUGGCUGUAACUUCCACUUCCUGUGGGAGAGCAUGGCCGCUUGCCCACUCUGCUCAGUUGCUGACUACCACGCUAUCAUCAGCAGCUGUGUGGCUGGGGUGCAGAAGACUGCUUACGUGUGGCGAGAACCAAAGCUAUGCUCCGGUGGCAUCUCCCUGCCUGAGCAGAGAGUCACCAUCUGCAAAACAAUAGAUUUCUGGCUGAAAGUGGGUAUCUCUGCAGGCACCUGUACUGCCAUCCUGCUCACCGUCUUGACCUGCUACUUUUGGAAAAAGAAUCAAAAACUGGAGUACAAGUACUCCAAGCUGGUGAUGAAUGCUACCCUCAAGGACUGCGACCUGCCAGCAGCUGACAGUUGUGCCAUCAUGGAAGGCGAGGAUGUGGAAGAUGAUCUCAUCUUUGCCAGCAAGAGGUCCCUCUUUGGGAAGAUCAAAUCAUUUACCUCCAAGAGGACUCCUGAUGGAUUUGACUCAGUGCCAUUGAAGACAUCCUCAGGAGGCCCAGACAUGGACCUGUGAGAGGCACCGCCCUGCCUCCCCUGCCUUCUCGCCUUGGACAUCACCUUGUGAGCCUGUGGCGAUUUGGGAGCCAGCCUCCUGGAACACCCACGGCUGGAAAUCUCUUCACUGUGGCCUUAACAGAAGAAGUUUGAAUUUCAGAUCUUUGUUUUUUUAAUAGAGUACCCAAACCCUCCUUUCUGCUUGCCCCAAAUAUGCCAAAUACACCCAUGCUUUGUAUAACAUUCCCUUGCUUGCAUCUUGUUUCCCCAAACGGUCCAGCCGCCAGAGCCAUAGCUUCGUCUGCCCAUAAUUCUCAUAGCUCUGGAAUGAAAAUAUUUCUCUCUUCUUAAGUACAGAAACUACUUCCUCUUUCCUCUUACUUGAGGGCAGAAACAUCUGGGAGUUUUCCUUAUCAUGUGCCCUUAGCUCAUGAUCUCUUUAGGAGAGAGGCUGGGUGAGGAGGGUCUCAGGGUUCCCUGAUGGACAAUCUUCAUGGAGCCUGGAUUAAUUUCUCCUGGAUAAUCAGCUCAAACUGAGUAUAUUAGAUGGUCUGAGGGCAGGGCGAGUAAGGCCUGGAUGAGAAAAGGCUUGAUAAGCACAAAGAGAGGCAAUAAGGAAGGGUUUUUUGUUUUGUUUUGUUUUUAAAAGAUGAACAGUAAGGGGAUCUUAACCCUUGACUUGGUGUUGUCAGCACCACGCUCUCCCAAGUGAGCCACGGGCUGGCCCUUUGUUUUGCUUUUUAAACCAGGUACCUCAUUCCCUUCUUUUAAGUAAGUGAUAAAUAUUCUUACUGAAGCCAAAGGAAAAAGUGCAUUGAGAAAAUGCCUAAAGCCCUGGUGGAUCUAUUCUCCUCAUUUUUUUUGUUUUUGUUUUUACCUCCCACCAUCUCCCUAUGACACUAAAGAGAACCAGGUAAGCCCCCAAACUCGGAUGUUCUAACUUUACCCUCUGUUGGCUUUUACCCACAGAGAUGGCAAACCCCUACAAGUAAGGAAAAUUCCCCACCCUUGAGUGCCCCGGUCCUAGAGUCUUGGGCCAUAUCACAACACGGGGUAUCUUAAUUUAAAAGAACACAAGGAGGCUGAGAUUUUAAUGGGGCCAUACUGGGGGAUCCAGCCCACAAUAGCAUGGACCUGAGGUGGCCAUAAUAUCUGCUUCUAAGCUUAACCCAUCCACUCAGCCAUGGAGUAAAUAACUUCCAGACCGGUUAAAUAAGGAAUUGAAUUGCAGGCACAUACUCCAGCUGCAGAAUCAGACCAGUCUUCAAGGAGGGAAGGCUAGGGCAGUUUAACAAGGCGUUCACCAAACUGGGAUACUUGAAAAGACGUAUCCUUCCCUUUUUCCUGUUCUCAUUUCCUUUGUGUGCUAAAAAAAUUAAGACAUCUGGUUCCAAUUUCUGGCAAUAUUCCUUUUGAAAGGUGAGUGGAUUGGGUGUCCUCUGUACCCCUUUUUCCCAUUUUUACACCAACCAUAAUCAAUGAAUUUUAAGUAUCUAGAAUGGAAAAACCAGAGCAAGACUUUAAAUUACCUUUUUCUUUCUGCCAUUGGCAAUUUCCCCUCCCUCCCUAUCAGGCUAGAAUGACCAUUCCUUUGUCAAGCCCCAGUUGCCCAUGGUUUGUGCCUCUGUUCUUUCUCCAGUGAUUACUUGGUGACCAUAUGAUAGGUAUAGAAUGGAGACGGUAAUUCUAAGUGGUCUGUCUGCCACAAAGUGGUUUGCUCAUCUGACUAGCCAUUGCUGUCCUGGCAACAAGAGUCAAUCAGAACAGGAGCUGUGCCAUGACUUCUGGCCAUCAAUAGCAUCGGUGAUGGCAUGGAGUCCCUCUGGGUCAAUAAUUCUAGAAGCUUCUCUUUGAGUAUCCAAAUUCUCGCUAUUUUUAUGGGAGGCAGGAUCUCAGAACCUGUGGCCAUAUUGGAAUUUCCCCCAACAAAUGGUGAUAUGUAGCUCCAGCCUAAAGUCUUCUGUAGACUCAGCAACACCUUGGCACCUGACUUCCCGCUGAAUGAUUUUCUUUUCUGACAAAGGCCAAAGAAGGUCCUUAGACUAUCCUGAAAGCAGUAGGAAAAAGUACAUACCCCUUUGGCUUCUUUAUUCUGACAUCUUGAAACUGAGUGCCCCCAGAGCAACCUCAAAUUCCAUUGAUUUAGACACAAUACUUUAAGGAUCUCCUUUUUACUACCCCUUACUGUGCUCACUUCUACAGGUCUCUCCUGUGACCUGUCAGGAACUCCUGAGUUAUGCUGUCAGGGUCAUCCAUCACUCCCUAGCAACUUAGACAUGUCAGAAAUUUUUUUUUUUUUUUUUU